AUGACUGAAACAAGCGUUUUCCCGGUUUCCUCUCCAACAAAGUCAUACUGGCACAGCGAAAAUGACGACUUCGCGUCUUCAAGAACAACACCUGAGCUUCCGGAGAAGUCUGAUAUAGUGAUUAUCGGUGCAGGGUAUGCGGGAUCAUCUACCGCAUAUUGGUUAUACAAAAAUAGUGAAGAAUACGUUCCCGAUAUUUUGAUGCUGGAAGCAAGAACUGUAUGCUCCGGAGCCACAGGAAGAAAUGGAGGCCAUCUUAAGCCAGAUUACUAUAGGGAGUAUCUCAAAUUUGAAAAGCUAUAUGGCAAAGAGGGUGCAGCAGAAAUUGGGCAUUUUGAACACGACCACUUGGAGGCUAUCAAACAGGUUGUUGAAGAACUUCAGAUUGAUUGUGAUUUCAUUUUAACUAGAGCUUGCAAUGUUCACCUCACUGAAGGUGCAAUUCAAGGCUGUUUGAAAGCUGUGGCUUCGUUGCGAGAAAAUCCUCAUUUUAAGCUUUUAAAUGACAUCCAGGUUAUUGAAGGCGAUCACGCGAAGUUGGUAUCACGGGUUCCGGAAUCUCCAGUCGCUUUGACGUUCACUGCUGGACAUUUGUGGCCUUACAAGUUUGUGAAAGGUUUACUCGAGUACUGUAUCAAGAGGGGAUUGAACUUACAGACAAAUACCUGUGUUGAAAAUAUUGAAACGCUUCCUGAUGGGUCAUAUUUGGUCAAAACUCAGAGAGGAAAUGUUCGAGCUACAAAAGUAAUCGUUGCAACAAAUGCUUAUACAUCAGGCAUUAUCCCGGAGUUUAAUGAUAAGAUUGUUCCUGUGAAAGGUACUUGCUGUCACAUCAAGGUUUCAGAAAGUACCAAACAUGACCCAUAUUUGACGCACUCGUAUGGUAUUUGCAGAGACUAUUCUGAGCACGAGUACCUUAUCAAUAGGCCUGAUGGAUCUGUUAUUGUUGGUGGAGCCAAACCUUUUUAUCUAAAGGAUAAAGACUCUUGGUAUAACAAUGUGGACGACUCUACGUUAUUUGAAGGAGAUAUUAGAGGCUGGUAUGAAGAGUUCAUGCAAUCAAACUUUUCAAGCUGGGAUGAUGUGAAAACCAAAGUGGAUUAUUUAUGGACAGGAAUUUUGGGCUACUCAGUUGAUUCCCUGCCAUGGAUUGGCGAGGUUCCAGAUCAAAAAAACAAAUAUGUCCUCGCAGGUUUCAAUGGACAUGGUAUGCCUCGAGCAUUCCUGUCAGCGAAAGCAAUUUCGAAAGCUGUUCUACAGAACUGUUCCAUAACAGACACGGAGAUUCCACGCUCUUUCAUUCUGACUGAAGAGCGACUCACCAAGUCAAAGAACACCAUUCUGAGAGAUGCAGGGUACUAUAAAUACCAUGAGUAG